AUGAAUGCCUUUGAGAUGGCUUCCUUGACCAACUGGUCCAUGGAGAAUGGACCUCCAAGCCGCCGCUCCACUGGUGAGGGUCGUGCCGCCCCCGAGACCAAUAGCUCCCCCCACUACGGGGGCAGGUGUCGGGCUGCAUCCCCCCGUAUUGCCGCCAUUAGGACCCCGGUGAUUUCCCCUGGUUACCAGCAGAUCCCGGGGUACGGAGCCCACCGUCAGCGACAGGAGGCUCGCGCGCUUAUGGGCUCGAUUGCGGAGCGCCGGGGAAAGAACAUCCCCGCCCUAAUCUUAAUCCGUGGCGAUGUGCCUAGUCCCCUGUCGCGCCGACAACGUUGGUAA